AUGUAUUCUCGCAGGCUUCUGAACUUCCCUCUUAGACACUUCGCUACGCGUCCUCCGAUUAUCCGCUCCGUGUGGCCGCGCCAGCCAUGGCAAACCAGGGCAAUGUCUUUGAUGCAAAGAAAUCAAAGGGACCCUGGCGCUGGCUUUCCCUCCUUGUCUCGAGCUCUUAAUGAUCUCGAGUCCUUCUUGAACCGCCCAGUGGGCAGCCAUGAUGUAAUGGGUCACUAUCCUCGGUUUGACGUCCGGGAGACGAAAGAAAGCUAUCGUCUCGACGGAGAGCUUCCAGGAGUGGAUAAGAAAGACAUUGAUAUUGAACUGAGCGACGACAAUAUCCUUACCAUCAAGGGACGUUCUGAGCGAGAGUCAACAUCAGAAGAUCCUGAACAAUCCUGGUGGUGUUCUGAGCGUUCGGUGGGAGAGUUCAGCCGUUCGUUUCGGUUUCCUGGCGGUGUUGACCGCGAUGGGAUCGAUGCUAGUUUGAAGGAUGGUGUCCUUUCGAUUACCAUCCCGAAGACGGCUGAAUCGUCUGUGAGCAAACGUAUCGACAUUAAGUGA